GAGAGAGAGAGACACACAGAGCGAGACGGCUAUCAUUACCCUAACUCUAUGCAGACUCUGGUCUCUCGGGCUGCAUGAGGAGGCUCCGACACACUUAAAACUAUGGACUAGAACCUGUGACAAUGCUGUACUUCUUCCUGCGAGGCUCUGCAGGAGAAAAGGAGCUACUUGUGAGUCUGUACGACCCUAUGGCCAAAUAUUCACUUCACCGUAUAGACAAACUGGAAAUCAGUCAUGACACGAAAACAUUUCUGUUUGGCAUUCCAUCUGGAGCUCAUAUCCUAGGACUACCAGGAGGUCAGCAUGUGUACCUGUCAGCCAAGGUGAACAGCAGUCUGGUGGUCAGAGCCUACACUCCAGUCUCCAAUGAUGAGGACCAGGGAUAUGUUGACCUUGUGGUAAAGGUGUACUGUCAUCCUUCUUUUCCAGAGGGAGGUGAGAUGUCUCAGUACCUGGACAACAUGGCUACUGGAGGUGCCAUUGACUUCAGAGGAGCCAAAUGGACUGCUGAUGUAUAAGGGAAAUGGUAUGGUUUGUGAAAAGAAAAAAGAAAAGAAAGAACAGUAAAUGCACUCUAUGUAUUUGUAUACAGUACAUUUAUGUAGAUUUGCACUUCAUGCAUUUGCACUGUAUUUACUUUCUGUCACCAGAAUAUUUCACUGUGGUACAACAUAA